AUGCACAACAAAGUCCGCGUCGCUGCCGUUCAGGCCGAGUGCUGCUACUUCGACCUCCAAGCUGCGGUAGAGAAGACAUGCAAAUUGAUCGUUCAAGCUGCAUCCAAGGGUUGCGACAUGGUCGCCUUUCCUGAAGUGUGGAUUCCAUGCUAUCCGGGCUGGAUCUGGCAACGACCUAUCGACUUUGAGAUGGUCGGAGAUUACAUGAAGAACUCUUUGAAGAUCGACUCACCAGAGAUGGAACGCAUCUGCGCUUGCGCUGGCGAGAACAGAAUCUCAGUCAUGCUCGGCUUCUCCGAGAACUACGACAACUCCUUGUACCUCGCUCAGGCUUUCAUCGGCAAGGACGGAAAGAUCAAGAUGAACCGCCGCAAGAUCAAGCCUACCCACGUUGAGCGUACGCUCUACGGUGAUGGCAGCGGUGCCUCGCUUCUCAAUGUCGUUGACGAACCAGGUGUUGGAAGAGUUGGCGGGCUUUCGUGCUGGGAACACUCUCAACCUCUGUUGCGUUAUCACACCUACUCUCAGGGUGAAGACAUUCAUGUCGCCGCUUGGCCCCCGAUGAACUAUUACAAGUCUUUCCCGGAAGGCUCCGCUCUUUGGUCACAGUGUCGUGAAGGUGCCCACAACCUCUCCACAACGCAUGCCAUUGAGGGCAACUGCUUUGUCGUUCUCGCAAGCUCCUUCUUCACUAAAGAAGGCGUCGACAGAAUGCAAUUGGGCGACGGAAAGCUUUACCAUAUCGGAGGUGGUGGUUGCGCUGCCAUCAUCGCACCUGACGGCAGAAAAUUGACUGAGGACCUUGGUGAAGAAGAGGAGGGGCUCCUGAUCGCGGAUUGCGAUCCUGAUGAGAUCCUCAAGGUCAAAGCUAUGCUUGACGUUCACGGUCACUACAGCAGGCCUGACUUGCUUUGGCUCGGUGUAGAUUACAGAGAAAAGAAGCAGGUCAGAGCAGAAGGUGCCGAGAACCCUCUCCUCUCUUGA